AAUGCUGAUAAAUUUUGAGUUCCGUCAGUUCAAAGCCUUCCUUCCAAAUAGAAUAUUCAUUGUUAAACCUGGUUAAUUGUGCACAAUGGAAAAAGUAUUCUGGAAUGUGAGAUGUCUGCUUGUGUAUCAAUUGGGAGUGCGACUCAACAAAAGAUAACUUAGACAAGUCAAAUAUGUGGACUGGAUAAGUGUCUAAUUUUAAAUGUAAUAUCAGAUGAUAUUGAGCACAACUCGUACGAAUAGGGAGUGAAAUCAAGAAUUAGUUUUUGUAACUAUGCCCAGGGAGAAUUUAUUUACUUUACUGAAGGGAAAUUCCCCGCAACUUAUUGCAGUUUUCUUUGGAACAUUGAACGCACUUUCCGAUGGAAUGCAUUUUGGAUGGACUGCUCCCACUAUACCCAUUUUGCAGAAGGAAGGUAGCCCCAUCAAGGUGACAUCUAGCGACAUAAUGAAACUGGAAGUUUAUUAUAUGAUAUUUGGUAUCGUAGGACUUCCAAUAACCAUAUUUCUUGCCGACAAAAUCGGCAGACAGAAAUCAGUUCUUUUAGCUUCUUCGACUAGUUUGGUAGGAUGGAUACUGAUAGGUAUUGCAGACCGUGUGGAAUAUUUCAUUGUAGCAAGAUGUUUGGUUGGGGUAGCUGGAGAUGUCGCAUUCGUAUGUUCUCCGAUGUAUGUAGCAGAGAUAGCUCACCAAAAAAUAAGAGGAUUCCUUGCUGGAAUAAUAUACACGAUGGUACUAAUUGGAGUGUUGGUUAUCUACGUUAUUGCUCCUUACACCUCAAUAAGGAUACCACCACUUGUAGGAGGAAGUAUCAUUAUAGUACAGUUAGUUGUUUUUCCUUUCAUGCCUGAAUCCCCAUACUAUCAUCUAUUCAAAAAUAAUGAAAUAGCAGCAAAAAAAUCAUUACAAAGACUGAGAGGUAAUCUAGACGUUCAAGAAGAAUUAGAGGAGAUUUCUGCUGCGAUUAGAAGACAGAAAAUGGAGAAAGGAAGAUUGCUGGAUCUCUUCAUCAUAGAUAGUAACAGAAAAGCUAUAUUCAUAAUGACAAUUUUGAACUGCAUACAAAAUAUGGUAGGAUUCACCGCUAUCCUUAUGAACUUUCAUAACAUUCUAGAUGAGGCUGGAGCUACGUAUUUGGAUUCGCAGGUCUCCGCCAUAAUUUUUGCCAGUGUCAUGGUUAUAGCUUCAUUGGUAGCUAUGCUGUCUGUUGAUAAAUUCGGCCGCAGGAAACUUUAUGGCUUCUCCUGUUUAUUUUCAGGACUUUCCUUACUCACGAUGGCAAUUUACUAUAACAUGAAAUACUCUGGAUAUGAUGUACAUGCUGCGUCUUGGAUUCCUUUAGCGUUCUUGAUGCUUUUUGCUGCUUUUUUCAAGUUCGGUAUUGGUAUCAUACCCAUCGUGAUGACUGCAGAAUUAUUCCCUGCUAAAGUGAAGGCCCUUGGAAUGACGGCUGCUGAUGGUAUCUUUGUAGCUUUCGCAAGCUUAUCGGUUUAUAUCUAUCAGACAUUGAACGAAUCUUACGGAUUACAUGCAUCGUUUUAUUUAUUUUCUUCAGUUGCAUUCAGUGGAUUGAUUUUCAAUCUGUUCAUGUUACCUGAAACUAAGAACAAAACACUUGAGGAAAUUCAAAUGAUGUUGAAAAGUUGAGAAUUUCGUUGUUCAGGUUUGAUAAAGUUAUUUCUCGAAAUAUGUGAAUGUGUUCAUAUCUGUUUAUUUUAUAUAACAUUUUUAUUUGCACAACUCAAAAGCGCCACCGUAUUUCUCAUGUAACUGAAAUAACUGUUAAAAAUAGCAGGCUUUGAAAAGAUGGUCUCAGUAGGUUUUUCGUGAAAGUUUCUCACACCUUCUACGAGGAUUUUACCUACAUUUUUAACAAUCGCUGUAUUUUUUGACAAUGAUGAAAAUUGUAGGUUCAGCGAUUUAAAAAACA